AUGAGCGGUAAGAAAAUUUUAGAUUUCAAACAAGAUAUUCCUGAUACAUUAUUUAGUACCCCCAAGACACCUGCUAAGAGGGUUGUUUAUAAAGAUAUGAUAGAUUCUAGUAUUGUAGAUAUUAAUAUACCCUCUGACAGUGUAUUUAUAAAAACUGAUAAUAUUGAAGAUAAUAAUAAAAUAGGAGAAGGGGAUUUUUAUAUUGUGUAUAAAAUUAAAAGAAGUGUAAAUUACAAUGGUGAUGACACUAUCAAACAUGACGACACUAUCAAACACGAUGACACCACCAAACACGAUGACUCAUUUAUUUACACAGCACUAAAGAAAUCCAAAUCACCUAUUAAAAAUUCUUUAGAUUUAGAAUUUUAUAAAAAAGAAGUAAAUAUCCUAAAAAGUAUAAAUUCUGAAUUUGUUACUAAAUUUAUUGAUUCUUUUACUUAUCAAUCACAUUUCUACAUAGAAAUAGAAUAUUGUAAUGGUGGUACACUUAGAGAAUAUAUUUAUAAAAUAUUUUAUGUACAGAAGAAAUCAAUAGACACAGAAAUAUUAAGAAAUAUUAUUUAUGACAUAUCUAGAGGAUUAAAAGAUAUUCACAGUAGAGGAGUAGUACACUUAGAUAUCAAACCAGAGAAUAUUUAUUGUGUUAUAAAAGAUAAUAAAUAUUUAUUUAAAAUAGGAGAUCUUAAUAUUUCUACUAAAAUAGGAGAAGAUAUUUUAUUAGAUGGAGAUAAAAGGUACAUGGGACCAGAAGUGUUAAGGAAUAUAUGUACUCCUGCAUCAGAUGUAUUUAGUUUAGGACUUAUUUAUUUAGAAAUAUCAUUAGGAAUAAAUCUUCCUAAGAAAGGGGAGAUGUGGCAUAAAUUAAGAAAGAAUGAUUUUAAGGGUUUAGAAAUAGAUACAAUAAAUAAGAAGAUGUUACAUAGUAAUUAUAAGAGAAGAUGUAAGAUAGAAGAAGUAAUAAGAUAUUUUAAAUAA